AUGAUAUGUUGUGAUGGAGCAUCACAGGGUAACCCUGGGAAUGCAGGAUUGGGAUUUGUGGAAAGAAAUGAUCAAGGUGGAUGUUUGGGAGAAACUUCUGGAGGCUUGGGGUUAGCAACAAAUUAUCUGGCAGAAGUAGUGGCCUUAGUAGUUGCUGGUGAAUGGUCUGUGAAGAAGAGGUAUGAGAAUGUUUGCUUCAGUCUUGAUUCUAAAGCAGUUUUACUAGCUUUCAACAAUGAUAGAAUACCCUGGAUUGUUGUGAAUAGAUGGAACAAUAUUAGAAAACAUAUACCAAUGAUCACAUUCAUACAUUCAUAUAGGGAGAUAAAUUUUUCUGCUGAUAAAAUGGCUAAACAGGGUGUUCUACUUGCAAGAGGGACUGUUAUGUAUUAUGAAGACAAACCAAGUUUUCUGCCUCAGUUGGAAAGAGAAGAUGGUGUGUACCUUAGAUUCAGUUCUUGA